UGUGUUUUGACACGAGUUCGUGUGUAGUUAAGAAUAAAGACGUGCAAGUCCAAGAAUUAAACGUUGACGUACAAUAUUCAUUUUGGUGGAUUGUUUUUUUUUUUAAGCAGCGCCAAUAUUAAAGUUAAUGGACGAACCCUUAAUUUGAUACAGGUAAUGAAUUUACGCUUAGGCUAUAAAACAACUAGAAUAAAUGUGAAGAUAUUACUUGAUCAAAGCGUGUAGAUCUGCAUUUAAAGUCCACUUCAUUAAAUUCUUGAAUUAUUUAAUGCAAUACUACAAGGGUACUUUAUCAGGGUUGGCGCUGGGGGGGGGGGGGGGUUGGUGGGUGGCGAACGGCGCUAGGGCACAAGGCCCCCGCGUUUAUUGGCGCUCCGAGGGUAGCCCUUCGUAUGGAGCCAUCCCGUGUCUAUUCAUAGUUCGUAAUUGCCAGUCAACACAAUGUUCUGAGGUAAAAGAUUAUCAAAGUGUCAUUCUGUUAUUGUAUUUUUUUUCCCAAUACCACCCCCAACAUAGGAGCCAGAAUGAUCAAUUCAUUGAUCGUGGGCCCUUAAAAUAAAAAUAAAGAACAACAACAAGUACAGUCGCGUGAAGCUGCUAGUUUUACAAGCGAGGAGUUGUAGAUUUUUUUAAAUUUCUUCUUGCCAUGGUAAUAAGGCAUAUCAUGUGUGACCGUUGGCAAAAUCGUGCAAGGCUCUGCUCUACAGCAUGAUGUAGCCACCUGAUCACCAUAUUCGUUGAUCUGACCAAGGCAUUUGAUUCAGUCGGUAGAUUGCCAGUGGACGAUACUGAAGUUUACCUGUUCCAUUAGAUUUAUUACAACAGUACGUCAACUCCACGACGUGAUGAAUUCUUGAGAUGAGUAUGUGGCUUUCCUGUAACUAAUGCCGUUAAACAAGGCUUUGUUCUAGACCCAACAGUUUUUAGCAUAUUAUUCUCAGCAAUGCUCACUGGUGCUCUUCUUGACAAUAACGACUGCGGUCCUUUGAGAUACGGGACAGGCGGAGGGAUAUUCAAUCUUGUUAGACAGCAAGCCAUUACAAAAGUAAAAGAGACGGUUAUUCGAGGCCUCUUGUUUGAUUUGUCUGUGCAAGUUCAGAACUGAAAAUACAGCAAUUGCGUGAUCGCUUUGUACGGCUUGUGACAUCUACGACAGCGCCAUCAAUAUGAAGGGAAAACACCAGAUCUUGCACCAGCCAGCUCCACGGAAAGCUUUCAAAGAACCCAACACUUCAGUGAAGGGACAGAAUCUCUAAGCAGUAGAAAAAAAGCAUAUUUUGGGCAGCACUCUCUCCGGGUUAAUAACCAUGGAUGGUGUGAUCAAUAAACAAAUUUCCAAAGCAAGAGUUGCAUUUGGAGGGCUCUGCAAUAAUGCUUGGGUGUGAAGGGGGCUCAGUUUUGUCCCUAAGUUGAAGGUAUAUAGGAUAGUCAUCUUAUCAACACUCCUAUAUGCUAGCGAGACGUGUAGGCCUACAGCAGACACGCUAGGCUGCUAAACAAUAUAAACAUAUGUUGUCUACGUAGACCUCUUGACAACAGAUGGUGGGACGGAGACCCUGAUACAGAGGACCUACAACGGGCCGAUUGUACCAGCAUCCACGAGCUCCUACAAAAAUAAACUAGCCAGAUUGGCAGGGUAUGUUUCAAGAAUGCCAGAGCCAGAAAGCAGACUUCCAAGACUUCGACUAAUUUUCGGUGACCUCUUUUCCAGUGGGAAAUGUUCAGUUGGUAGGCAGAAAAAAACACAUUUUUUUUAGAGAGAUUUAUUUCUGACAACCAUUAGAUUAGAAGCAGCCGUGCGGUGAGAGUAAUUCGGUUCCGGACAAUUAAACUGUUACAGUUUGUUUAUAAUUUUUUUUUUUUAAAUAACAAUUUCGGAGCCUAAACGAGUGAACAAAAUAUGUGUCCCAUUAUUGUGACCAAUGAGACCCAGUCCAGUAUGACUAUGACGUGCCAUACUUACAUAUCGGCUCAAUAAUUAUGUUAAGAGUUGCGAAAAAUUUAAUUUAUCCAAGGCCCCGCCCCCCACCCAGCGCCGCCCCUGGCCUUGUAACAAUGUAAAAUAAUUUUUAACGAGUUUUUCAUAAUAAAAAUAAAAGGUGAACAAAAAGUGAAAUUGAAGCCUUUAGCUUAUACUUUGAGUUAAAUCGGGUAAACGAAUACUACUAUUUUUAUUACACAAAUAGGCCUACAAUGGUUUCCUUGAAAAUGAAACUCUAGAAUAAUUGCUUCCACCCCUACCCCACCCCCUGCCCCCUCUGAAGUCUAUAAGUUUUCACAUUUCGGGACUUUAUCAUUAACAAAUAAUUAACCGAAUGAGGCUCAAGAAGUUGAAGUGUUUUUUAAAUAUCUUUUUCCUUUUAAUAAAAAGUCACAUGACUGCAAUAUGAUCGAUAUGUGUCUUUUACAGACUUCUAACUUAAGUGAUUGAUUUCACUAAUAAUUACUGAUUUAAAUAAUAUAAUAAAAUCAAUUGGUAUCUCAUAAUCUGUAUACCCUGUAACAAUAUAUUGAAUUUGAUUAAAUGUUAAGAACAAAUAGAAAACACCAGCUAUUUUUAUUCUAGGCCCAUCGUUCUUCUCACAAUCACGAAUCACAAUAACAAGACUUCGACUUUAUUUUUUAUACUUUAUUUUAUUAUUUUUAGACUUUUAGUUCAAAAUUUGAGUUUUAGCUGUAUUUAUUACUUUAUUAUUUGUAACCUUUAAUCUGACUACAGUGCUGCCUCAAAAACAUCAUACAUUGCCGCAGACUUGUUUACCUCCAUCCUUUCGCUAUAUUAAUAUUAACUAAGUCUUUAAGCCUAAGACUAUAGCACUACCAUAAGCUUAAAAAAAAUUACAGUUAAGCUAAGGCCAAGGCGCCCAAGGCUAAAAAAAAAAGGAUUUUCAAAAAUUAUAUUAUGGUCCCUGCCCUAUUAGUACCACUACUACUAUAAUUAGUAUUAGCCCCUAUUAUUUUAGUCCCUAUGCCUAGUUAGUAGAUAGUUGUGCAUUGGCAAUUGUGAAUUAGAAAUUCUUAAUUUCUUUUCAUUUAUAAUUAAUUUGUUCUUAGCUAUUUUCUCCCACUCUCUUAGUCUUCUCACUCUCUUCUAUCUCUCUCUCUUCUCUCUAUUCUCCUCUCUCUCUCUCCUUUCUCUUAGUUUAGUGACCUGACUAGUUAAUAUUUGAUUAUUAAAUUUUCUUUAUAACACUGAAGCACUUGUCAAGUGGGUGUAGCCUAUAUAUUAUUCAACCACUGAAUUAGUGUAUUUUUCAACCUGGACAUGAAAAUUUAUUGCCUUGACUGCAACAUCCAUUAGCAGAAAUUAAUUCUUUCCCCUCUUUAAGUCAUUAUUCUUAUCUCCGCUAAGUGUCAUGAGGAGCAAACUUGUUUUACUCACUGGAGUUUUAUAAACUUGUGAUGACUUGACAAAUUCUUUGAAAUAAACCUUUUUUUUUUUUUUUUGCACUUUCUUUUAGAACUGUAUGAAAAUUCCUUACCUCACUCAAACUGACCAAGUUUUGGAAAAUAAUUAGAGAAUUUCAGCAUGGCUGUGGAUUCUGCUGUAGCUUGCAGUAUAAUGUUAGAAUUAGGAAAGUUUGAGCCCUGGGACAAUUUCCCUGACUUCACUGUCAUUGUUGAGGAGCAAGAGUUCAAGUGCCAUCGCUUUAUUCUCAAUGCGACAUCUAGGUUUUUUCAUGCUCUUAUGCAGUCGGGCAUGAAGGAAUCGUUAGAAAAUAAAGUGACCAUCCAUGGGAUCUGUAAGGAAGUAUUUUCCAAUAUCCUACACUGUUUGUAUAAAGGUGAGAAUGUUCUAACCUACAGGAACAUUAUUCAGAUGUGGUAUGCAGCAAAUCUGCUUCAAAUUCAGUUCCUCAUCGAACAAUGUGAGAAUUUUGUCAUUGACCAUUUAAUUCCCAAAAGCAUUAGGGAACCUUACUACCAUGCCAAUUAUCUGGGGUCUAGUAAAGUUGUCAAAGCUGUUCUAGAUGUCUUGGUGAAAGAGUUGGAUAUCUAUUCAGACUGUCCAUUAUUUAUGCACCUCAACCCCAAGGACAUACUAUCUGUGGUUGAACACAGGGACCUGGAUGCACCAUCUGAAGAUUCUGUUGUUGAUGUUAUUUUAGCAUGGGUUUCACAUGAGUGUGCAGUGGGUGAAGAGGAUUGGGAUACACCUGAAGAGGGGAUAAUAUGUGAUGGUGGUGAACCCAAUCUUCUUAUUUUGAGUGAAAUCUACGUCAGGCCAGGUAAGAUGAAUUUAGGUACAUUUGAUAAAUUUAUAAAGCUUAUUUGAAAAAAUUUGUGUUUUUGAACUGCGCUCCCCAAACAGUGUUGAAACAGCAAAAAUUCAUUCACAAUGCAGGAGUCACUGGUCCCCAAUUUGAUUAUUGUUCUUCUGAGAACUUCUUAAAUUUUUCAUUGAGGGCUGGGGACCCAUCCUGUAAUUAUGUGAACCGCCACUUUGAUAAUCACUUUUCUAGACUUUAUAAAGCUGUACAAAACGAAUGGACAUCAUCCUUAGCUAAAAUAAUCUUUUGCACAUAGGGUGGUAGAGGAGACCUACUAAGAUUUUAGAUCUUUUGUUGUUUGUUUCACUAAUAUUAUUUUCUAAUAGCAGUACUUCCAAAAGUUUAACUUUAAAUGAGAUCUUUUGUUUGCAACUUCGUUUUUUUUGUAAAAUAUUUGUUAUUGCUUGAUCAAAAACUUUAAAAAUGAAGUGUGAAAUUUGAUAACCCUUUUUUUUUAAGGGGAGGCCAAAAGUAAAUGCAGUGAUGAAAACUUUGACGUUAGCAACUUACUAGCCUCCAAAGGUUUUUGUACUCCUCACCCCGAAGAGCCUUGUCAUUGUACUUACAUCAGCAGAACUAAACGGAGAGAAUACCUUGGCAAGCUCCUGGGUGCCUGCCGCCUCUCCUUAGUGAGCCACAGUUGCUUAGAGAAAUUGUUGAGCACUGAUGCUGUGCUAGAAAGCAAGGAAGCCAUGGCUGUUGUGAGGCAAGCUUUUAUGUUUCACUUGAUGCCACCGUCAGGGUACUGGCCCACAUCGGCCCUGCACAGAUCUGCUAGCAGCCUGGACAAUGUAGUAGUGUUUUUUGACAAACUAUCUCUCAUAGCUUUCAGCUUCCAGAGAAACAUGAGCUAUGUUAUCAGCAACUUACCUUCAACUGAUGAGAGAUCUGUCUUCCUCUCUGUUGUAGACAACCAGAUAUUUUUUGCCAUGCGAUCUCUGCAGAGUGGAUCCCCAUUUAUUAUGCUCUAUGCCCAUCAAGCUCCGUAUUCAUGGACCCAAGUCUUGAAGCAAGUUUCUCUCAAGCACACUUUUGUUCAAAUGGAGAAAUUUGUUUACCUUGUCAAGGACUAUCAGAUGUGUAGGUUCAGCACAAGCUCCAUGCUGGUCCUCGACGAUGC